UUUUUAUUGCAGGGAUUUCAGUUUGGGGCUGACUGUCUACAGCUUUGUAAUUGCGAUAAUGCUGAGAGUUGCAGUAGCGUGGACGGCACAUGCCACUGUAAACCAGGCUGAAUCGGUUCUACCUGUUCUGAUCCGUGUCCAUCAGGACUAUGGGGUUAUGAAUGUAGUAACAUCUGUAGGUGCCACAAUGCAGGCACUUGUGACCACGAAAUUGGGGACUGCAACUGUACCGAAGGCUGGACCGGGAGUACAUGUUCACAACCUUGCGAGAAAGGGAUGUACGGUCGAGACUGUAAGGAACACUGUGACUGCAAAUUUGACUACUGUGAUGCAAGGAAUGGCACUUGCUUGUGUCCAGAAGGUUGGACCGGACUUCGUUGUGAUCAGGAAUGUCCGGACGGUACAUUUGGAGUGGGCUGUCAAGAUUGUCAAUGUGAGCUCGUAGAUGCAGCGUGUGACAAAAAAUCUGGCUGCCAGUGCCCCAGCGGGCGCACUGGAGACGAUUGCCAAGCGGUGUGUGAGGUUGAUUUGUACGGCGUUGGAUGUACACAAACAUGCAGUGAGGAAUGUCUAAACGGAAAAUGUGACCCGGAGACAGGAAUUUGUGCUUGUCCAGAGGGUCAGUCUUGGGACGGUGAGAACUGUCAAGAGACAGUUGUAAUCUCAGGAGGGUCAAAGGCAAAAGAUUCAUCUGUUAUAUGGGAAGGUGUUGGAGGUGGUGCAGCCGUCAUUCUUGUGUCCUUGUCUAUUAUACUGGUGAUAGUAAUAAGACGACGAAAGCGUGCGGACAUGAUGAGUGUGAGCUAUGGGAAUACGCGUGAAAAUCAAGUGUCAAUACAAUUAUCAAAACCUGGUUAUUCUACGUAUGCUGUACCGGUGGUAUCAUGUGUAGCUUAUAGCUCGAUCAAUGACCCAGGAAAUCUAAGGAAAACAAUCACUUUUCAGGAAACAUGCUAUGCAAUGACUCUAUGUACAUUGCACCGAUGCCACCGAUGAGAAACAGCUUACCAGGAGAAGGAUCGUUAUCUCCAGAUCCGGACGAGCAACUUAACUUUAGUGAACCUUUGCCAAUAGAUCAGAUGGCUACCAAUCCGUGUUAUGAUAGAUCUGCAUUGAUUGCCGGUGCUGCUCGUUUUACUACAGAGGAGCCAUUGUAUGAGACUGCAGAUGCAGUGCAUCGGGAUGAAGAAUGACGAAUGGUGGUCAAUAGUUGGUUGGUGUCACGGUUACAUGUGGGCAAUGUGAGUUAGGAAAACAUGAAUAUUUUAUCACAAAUUGUGUACUUGUUUUGGCAACCACCUGUGGACACGUGUGCUUAUAGCAAUGUCUUUAGGCUGUCGUUUACUGCUGGGUUGUUUAGUAUUGAAAUAGACACUUUUAUGG